UCGGACUGUUAUUCCAGACGGAACGCAAGGCAACCGUUGACGCACAAAGCUCACUUGGGUGACUUCGGUUGUUGGACAGAAUCUCCCUAAAAUAUUUAGUUUGACUUCGGUCUAGCGACGAACAUUUGCUCAGUGUUGGUAAUGUAACGGCAGCGCCUGUACAGGAUGGACGGAGGUAUUUCUGACUUAGCCGGUUCCUCUCUUUCCCUCUCCGCUCUGCGCCUUCUGGUCCCACCGAUUCGGCUGGUGUCUGCGGCCAUCUGGCAAACUGUGGAGCAGAAAGUUGUGUCGGACUAUGGACUGCUUGAGGAGUUUGUGUUUAUGGUUACUGAGAUUGUCCCUCAACUUCUCUCCACGAGACAGCGGGCUGAACUCAUUUUGGGACUCAGAGCACGACUGAUCCUGGAGCUGUGUCGCUCUGAUGACACGGCUGACAUCCAUGUCAUUCAGCCACAUCUUGACCGAAUGCAGAACCUGAGAUCUUUGUGGAGUGUGGAGACCGCUGCAGAGCAAGAUGUGUCUGAUUGUCAUUUCAUGGGCCUUGUGAGAAAUCUGCUGAGAGAUCCUGAUGAGAGAAAAAACUUUUUCCAGGAUGUUUUCCCAGGGGACUUUGGUCCCACAUAUGACAAAGCAAUCCAGACACUGAUGUGGUUGUUUCUGUCCAGACUUGAAAAGCUUCUUCCUACCCAAACUCUCCAGCAGAUUGCCUCUCUGCUCAGUGAUGCCUCAUCUGUUCUGAAUGAAUACGUGGACACUUUCACUCAACCUCAGGAGCUCAAAGUCUUGCUGGACACUCAGAAAGAUCUCGCCCAGUUAGAUGACAUUGAAUCUUACAUUGUCGACAGUGGCAUCUUGUCAGCUCUGUGCCUCCCACCUGUGGAGAGAGUCGUAAUUGUCAAUGAGCAGACAGGAACAGAUACAGAGAGUGGUCUUGUGUAUACUGUCUGCACAGAGAUGGAGGUGGAAUCAGAGAACAAGGAGGUGUACAUGGAGGGAACUGGGAACCCUGAACAGUGUGUGCAGACUCAGUGGUUUGGUCUCGACAGUGAUGUUAAAGCAGAAAUGGACACUGUCAUGGUUACAGAUCCCACUGAUGGUGCUGACGUCAGCGAGAGCGAAAUGGCAGACGACCACCAGGAUGACCAAUCCGAAACACUGAUCAUUGGAGAGGAUGGCCAGGUGACAGUGCUGGAUGGUGUAGAGAAGAAGCCAAAAAGGCGUGGCAGGAAAAAGAAAAUUACUGUAGAUGAAGACUAUGAAGUGGAAAGUGGAGCGAGAGGCAGAACAGAAGAUGCAGGAAUUGAUGUGUUGUGGGAAAGACCUGUGCGAAAGAACAGAGGACUUAAGAUGAAACGGUACCUGUCGCAGUGGAGGAAAUCUGGCAAGACACAGAGCAGUAAUACCAACAGUGGCCCUAAAAAGUUUGCCAAAAGCAGCGACUUGGACAACAGAACAUGCAAAGUGUGUGGCAAGGUGGUGAGUCAAGCCAAGUUUUUACAGCGCCACAUGAAUCAGCACUCGGGGGAACUGCCCCACUGUUGUCCUGUGUGCAAGAGAUUUUAUAAGAGCCUGCGAUACUUGCAACAACAUAAAUGUACAAAGGGUGGCAGGAAAUCCAAGGAACAAGAGACAGCAGCAAACAUGGGUGAACAGUCAUCCAGUGGGGUGACAACCAGUGCAGAGCAGCUGUCGGACAGCGCCAUCCAUGACCCUGACUAUUCUCAGUCUGACAAAGAAUUAGGAGAGAAAAGUCCUGAUGGAAAUAAGAGUGUGAUAGAAGGUCCAUUUUACUGUCCUCACUGCAGUGUUGAGUUCAAGUGCAAACAAACGUUCAGGUUCCAUUUAAGAAACAUUUGCUACACUGAGCAGCAAGUGGAUCCCGAAAGGCCUGAGGAUGUUAAGCAUUGUUUCAGGUGCGAUGAAUGUGACAAGGCAUUCAAGUACAAGUCAACAUUGGAUUCCCACAAACAGACUCACAACCCACUCUACUGCGAGGUGUGUAUGAAACUGGUGCGUGACUCAGAAGCAUUGGCAAUGCACAAAGAAUCCCACACGCCAUUUCAGUGUAACCGCUGUGAAGAGAAUUUCCCUGUGUUUAAGGCUCUUCAUAAGCACUAUAUCGACACCCAUAACCCCACUGAGCCUUACACCUGCUCCCACUGUCAGACAACAUUUGCCAGUUUGAAGCGUUUUAUCAGACAUGAAUGGAAACACACCGGUUACCAACCAUUUCAGUGCCCUCACUGCAGUAAAAGAUUCCGAUCAUACUCUGAUCUUGUAGAGCACCAGAAAAAACACACAAAAGCAUAUCCAUUCCUUUGCUGGGAGUGUGGCAAGAAAUUCAGGCAUGGCGUUACGCUGACGAGGCACGUAGAGCGAGUGCAUCACUCUGGUGAACCUGUAACUGAAAAACCUACGCCAACCUUCACCUGCGCUCAGUGCGGGAAGACCUUCACUUCCAGGAGGUGCCUUCUGAAACAUGACAAUUUCCAUCACAAAGGGCUGCGUUUCCCAUGUGAGCACUGUGGGAAGGGAUUCUUUGGCAAGGACGCACUGGUGAGGCACACUUUGAUUCACACAGGUGAGAGGCCUUUCAAGUGCGACGACUGUGAGAAGUCUUUCAGAUCCGCUGCAGAAUUAAAGAUCCACAGGAGGUACCACACGGGGGAAAGACCAUUUAAGUGCAACAUCUGUGAAAAGGGUUUCGUCCAGUCCUGUUUUCUUACUCUUCACAUGCGGACCCAUACUGGAGAGAGGCCUUAUGUUUGUACAGUGUGUAGCAAGGGGUUUUCAAGCUUGCAUGGCCUAAAAAGACACAGGAGACUUGUUCACGCAUAGUUAAUUUUAACAUGAUACUAAUUCCCACAAGGAUGUUCGGUUUAUCAAUUGUCUUGAAGGAUAUCAGCAUCACAGACCAGAAUUUGAGGCAUGGCCGAAGAUUUAAUCGCUUUCUAAAAGACACUUAAGCUGUAUUGAUGCUGACCUAGAUGAGGACAUAAGAGCAGGUUUUCCAGUUGAAGGACAUUUUCUAUAAAAAGUCAGCCUCAUUGUAUGGCUGCCACAGCUGGGAUUGUUAGUGUCAUUGUAUAGUGCAUUAUACAAAUGUAACUGUAUUUUUUACGGAAAAGUUUGCCGUAGCGCUACAACAGAUUUGUAUGUAUUAAUAAUAUAAACAUUCAUUCCUUGGGGAAUUAUCUUUUUUUCUUUAAUAAAUUGAAUGUUGGA